AUGAAUCUGACAAUUCUGGAUGUACCCUCAGAUGAUCUUCGAAGCGUGCAUUCUGACAGUGACGAAGAAGUUGUUACAUACCCAGAAUUUAAUGGUAAAGUAGAUAUGGUGGAUCCCGUGCUUGAUGUAGGACUUAAGUUUAGGUCAAAAAAGGAGGUAAAGCCCGUGGUUAAAAACUUCAGCAUUCAUAAUAGGUUUGAGGUGAUAUUUUCGUAUAAUGAUAAAAAUAUAUUAGAAGGUCAUUGCAAAGGAAAAAAGUGUCUGUGGCGUAUUUGGGCUUCGCCAUUGGAGGGAGAUUCAUCAUGGCAGAUUAUAUCAUUCGAAUGGAAUCAUAACUGUAGUAGAGCAUUGAAGAAUAUAGUGUAUCCAGUAGUUGGUUAG